AUGGUCUUUUGGAAAUUCUCACCCUUCCUGGCUGUCAGCAUCUUGGUCCUAUGCCAGGCAGUCAGCCUCCCAGCAGCACCAUUCAGGUCUGCUGUGGAGAGCAUUCCAGACCUGACCGCACUGGGCGAGGAGGAAGCACGCCUCCUGCUGGCUGCACUGGUGAAGGACUAUGUGCAAAUGAAGGCCAGUGACCUGGAACAGGAGACAGGGGGCUCCAGUGCCACUGCCCAGAAGAGAGCCUGCAACACUGCCACCUGCGCGAGCCAGAGGCUGGCAGGCUUGCUGAGCAGGUCAGGGGGUGUGGUAAAGGACAACUUCGUGCCCACCAAUGUGGGUGCCCAAGCCUUUGGCCGGCGCCGUAGAGAUCUUCAGGCUUGA